GCGACGGCGGCGGCGGCGUGCGUUUACCCUCGGUGACACAAUUACAGCAAGUUUGCGCCGCUGGCGGGGGAAGUUUGCCUGCCUUAUUAUGAAAUAGCAGCCGCGCCGUGCGAAGCGACGCCGCGCCGGAGCAACGCGGGGAUCCGCCGGAGGAGCGCGCCUCGGGGUCUGGCCUGCGAUGCGGUGUGCGGGAGAUCGUCUGACGGGAGCGUUUCCUUGAGGAUUUGCCAACAGUCGCGCUACGCCCCGUUUUUAGGUCCCGGACAAGGCGCCGCACUUUCGGCCGUUAUUUCGCCGCCGCCCCCCCCUCCCUACCCCUCCUUCUCCUCCUCCUCCUCCUCCUCCCCCCGGAGGAUUUCUUCUGCGUUAUUUCUCAGCGCCCCCCCCCCCCCCCUAUGAAAUCGUGCGGAGUGUCGGUCAGCGCCGCCGCCGCUCGGAGCCUGGGCGCUGCUGGGGAUGAGGAGGAGAAGAAAAUGGCGUCGGGAAAAGCGAAUGAAACCGAAGAGGACUUUCCGAAGCUGACGGCGCAGGAGAGAGACAGCCUGGCCCGGAUCGACAGCUCUCUGUUUGGAUUUCAGAGGCUUCAUGAAGAUGGCGCCAGAACGAAGGCCCUGCUGUUGAAGGCUGUUAGCUGCUACAAUGCUCUCAUCCUGAAGGCAGAGGGGAAAGUAGACACGGAGAUGUUCUGUCAGCUGGGCCACUUCAACCUCCUACUGGAGGACUAUCCUAAAGCAUUAUCCGCAUACCAGAGGUACUACAGUUUACAGUCGGACUACUGGAAGAACGCUGCCUUUUUAUACGGCCUCGGCAUGGUUUACUUCCAUUACAAUGCGUUUCAGUGGGCGAUCAAAGCCUUCCAGGAGGUUCUGUACAUCAACCCCGGCUUUUCUCGGGCCAAGGAGAUCCAUCUGAGACUGGCCCUCAUGUUCAAAGUCAACACAGACUAUGAGUCGAGUUUAAAGCAUUUUCAGCUGGCUUUGAUUGACUCCAACCUCUGCACUUUGUCCAAGCCGGAAAUUCAGUUCCACAUUGCUCAUUUGUAUGAGAUUCAGAAGAAAUACAGAGCAGCAAAAGAAGCCUAUGAGAGUCUUCUACAGACAGAAGAUCUUCCUCCACAGGUGAAGGCCACUACCCUGCAACAACUAGGCUGGAUGCAUCACACGGUGGAGCAGCUGGGAGAGAAAGGCACCAAGGACAGCUAUGCCAUCCAGUGUCUGCAGAAGUCUCUAGAAGCAGACCCAAACUCAGGCCAGUCCUGGUACUUUCUGGGCAGGUGCUAUUCCAGUAUUGGGAAAGUCCAAGAUGCCUUCAUCUCCUACCGCCAGUCCAUCGAUAAGUCGGAGGCCAGCGCCGACACCUGGUGCUCGAUAGGGGUGCUGUACCAGCAGCAGAACCAGCCUAUGGAUGCCCUGCAGGCCUACAUCUGUGCUGUUCAGCUGGACCACAGCCACGCCGCUGCCUGGAUGGACCUGGGCACGCUCUACGAGUCUUGCGGCCAGCCGCACGACGCCAUCAAGUGCUACAUCAACGCCACGCGCAGCAAGGCAUGCCUCAACACCGCCGCCCUCACGCAGCGCAUCAAGCUGCUCCAGGCUCAGUUGUGUAACCCGCAGCAAGGUAGUCUGCAGAACAAGAGUAAAAUGCUUCCUAGUAUUGAGGAGGCGUGGAGCCUCCCCAUCCCGGCCGAGCUCACGUCCCGGCAGGGAGCCCUGAACACUGUGCAGGCGCAGCAGACGGGUAAAGGAGAGGCCGGUCAGUCCUCCAGCAGUCACUCAGAUCCACAGGCCAGUCCUGCCAAGAGGAAACGCACCGCCAGCCCAGUCAAGGGUGUCACAGACCCCUGGUCAACCAGCCAGGCCCAUCAGCACAUCCCGUCCUGGUACCUAACGCCACAGAAAGUUCAGCUUCUAGAUCACCUACGGACCAACCGGGCCAGCCUCAAACCAGUGCAGGUGCAAAUGCUGGAACAGCUGGAAAGCCAGUUUUCUCUCAUGCAGCAACAUCAGCAGCAGAUGAGGCAGCAGGCGGCGGCGGCUGGCCAAUCACGGCCCAGCAUUCCCAAUGGGCCUUCGGCUGAGCCCUCUCACCCCACAGGUCUGUCCCACUCCUUCCCUACCAAUAACAAAGCCAUCCGGCCCCCCUGCACUGCUCAGCCCACGGAAAAUGGACCGUGCACGUCAAGCACAGCCGGGCCGCCGGGCCAUCCGGACGCCGGUUCUCUGGGCAACAAUCACACCCAGGAACUGGGAGGAGGUGGAGCAAGCAACGGAACCGUGCCUUACCCCCUGCAGAACUCUCUACCUCACAACUGCACAGCCACCAGUCACCCCAGAAACAGCAGCACCACCAGUAGUCCCAGUCCCCUGGAGGAGGCCUGGAAGAGCCAGCAACAUAACACCACCACUCAGGGGCUUCACAAAGGUCAGGGUUCACAUUCGGCUGGUCCCAAUGGAGAACCUCCUCCUUUCUCUUCCUCCUCCCCUCAGACCUCGCUCCUUUCCUCUGGUGCUGCUACUGUCAAUCAGGUUGGACAUUCCUCCGGGCCCUGCACUGCCUCUUCCUCUGCCUCCUCCCUCUCCCCCACCUCCCCCCAGUCCACGCCCAACCACCUGUCCUCCCCUCCCCAUUCUGCUACUACCUCAGGGGUGCACACCAAAGACGCCACGCCUUCAGGGAGCAACAGCACCACUUUGUCAUCCGGUUCAGAGAACGCACUCAGGCGUUCUGCGGGGACGCCUCUCAGUCCCGCCUCUGUACUCGCGCACGGAUUGACUAAUCACGUCCAGCCGCGGGUGACGGACAGUUCGACUGGCCUUUCUCAGCCCGGCUCCCCCGCUCCCGGCGUGCUCAACCCAGACAAUCCUCAGCUCUCAGCCUUGCUAAAGGGAAAAGCCAAUACUAGCAGUACUGACGGAAACAGUAGCUGUGGAAACCACCGGGGGGCUUCCGCCGAUAAACCCAACAACAUCCACCCGGCUCCCCACAGCGCCACCAAGCUGCUGUCGGAGCACUCGGUGACUUCCUCGCCGCUCUCAGCCAUGUCUGCUGCCACCCCCUCCCCCUGCUCAGCAGACCACCUCCCCACCAACACCCCCUCCUGCCUUAACAGCCCGUCCAGCAACAACAGUCAGGGGCCCACGCUCAACGGGAAGGGGCCAGAGGACUCCCAGAGCCCCGUCAAGGUGGAGCCCGACCCGGGAGCUCACAGAGCGCCUCCCCCUGGCCUGGCUGCCUGCUCCUCCGUCUCCAUCUACCCCAGCUCCUCCGACGUGCUCAAAGUAUGCAGGAAUCUGGGGAAGAACGGCGUGUCUACCAGCAGCGUCCUCCUGGACAAGUGUCCCCCACCCAGACCUCCUCCUCCUCCUUCUCCCCAGCUGCCAAAGGACAAGCUCAACCCCCCCACACCCAGCAUCUACCUGGAGAACAAGAGAGAUGCCUUCUUCCCUCCUCUCCAUCAGUUCUGCACCAACCCUUCCAACCCCGUCACUGUCAUCCGAGGGCUCGCCGGAGCACUGAAGCUGGACCUGGGGCUGUUCUCCACCAAGACGCUGGUGGAGGCCAACCCAGACCACCUGGUUGAGGUGCGCACCCAGCUGGCCCAGCCCACCGAUGAGAACUGGGACCCCAGCGGCAGCCGGAAGAUGUGGCGCUGUGAGAGCAGCCGCUCCCACACCACCAUCAUUAAAUACGCCCAGUACCAGGCCUCCUCCUUCCAGGACUCCUUAAGGGAGGAGAAUGAGAAGAAGAAGGAGAUGGAAGCAGAAGCUGCUUCAGCAGAGAAUGCGGCACGGCGGAGGAGAGGGCCCUUCAAACACAUCAAGUUUGGCACUAACAUUGACCUCUCUGAUGAAAAGAAAUGGAAGCAGCAGCUUCAAGAGCUGGCCAAGUUGCCGGCCUUCGCCAGGGUCGUGUCAGCCGGCAACCUGCUCAGCCAUGUGGGCCACACCAUCCUGGGCAUGAACACUGUGCAGCUCUACAUGAAGGUGCCUGGCAGCAGAACACCAGGUCACCAGGAGAACAACAACUUCUGUUCGGUCAACAUCAACAUCGGUCCCGGGGACUGCGAGUGGUUCGCUGUUCCUGAGCCUUACUGGGGAAUCAUCAACCACUUCUGUGAAAAGAAUAACAUCAACUUCCUGAUGGGAUCAUGGUGGCCCAACCUGGAGGACCUGUAUGAGGCCAAUGUACCAGUUUACCGGUUCAUCCAGCGUCCAGGGGACCUCGUGUGGCUCAACACCGGCACCGUCCACUGGGUCCAGGCUAUUGGCUGGUGCAACAACAUUGCCUGGAAUGUGGGACCACUUACAGCCCACCAGUACAAGCUGGCAGUGGAGCGCUACGAGUGGAACAAGCUGCAGAGCGUCAAAUCCAUCGUUCCCAUGAUCCACCUCACCUGGAACAUGGCCAGGAAUAUCAAGGUGUCGGACCACAAGCUCUUUGAGAUGAUCAAGUAUUGUUUGCUGCGGACUCUCAAACAGGUGCAGGUGCUGCGGGAGCUGCUGCUGGCUGCAGGGAAGGAGCUGGUGUGGCACGGGAGGAGCAGGGACGAGCCGGCACACUACUGCAGCAUCUGUGAGGUGGAGGUGUUCGACCUGCUGUUCGUGACCAGUGAAAGCAACAGCAGGAAAACGUACGUAGUGCACUGUCAGGACUGCGCUCGCAAGGGGAGCAGCAACCUGGACAACUUCGUGGUGCUGGAGCAGUACAAGAUGGAGGACCUCAUGCAGGUCUACGACCAGUUCACGCUGGCCAGUCCUCUGCCUUCCUCCUCUUGAUGGUGACGUUCUGUGUUCUGAGGACGGUCGGAAUACGAAUGGACUCAACAGAACACUCCGGAACCCUUUUUGUUUUCUGAUAUUCAGGAAGUUAGCUGGCAGGCCUCCAACUGCGUUCUGUAGCUUUCCCAUAAGGCAGCUGUGUGAAAGCUGUGUGUCUAUGCAACCUCGCCCAGAGCGGUGUGUCGCCCCCCAGUGGAUCAAAGGGGAACGGCGGCCUGACUGUUCUACUGCUGGCCCAGAUGGACUUCUCUUAAACCAUCCAGGACCCCACAGACAAGGAGACCCGUUUUGUACAUAUUAUGUUACGGAUGGCAACAGCAUCACACAAAGACUACUGACUCCAUCUUUAUUUUUCCAUUUUCUUUAAUAUUCCGGACCGACGUGAGAGUCCUGCUCUCAGCCCACCGAGAAGAGCGCCGAGCCGAG